AGUCAAAUACGGGACUUAAGUAACGCCACGUCAUAUGUUUUCCUGCCUUUGUGUCGACCAGUUGAGAAACGCGAAUGAGACGGCCUCAUCCAGACUCUGUAGUAAGAUCGAGUGCGCAGACGGAGGAGUUUCUCGAGGACGAAAAUGAAAAGUUGGUACAAGAGAUGACACACAAGGUUUCGGCUCUCAAGACGCUGACUAUUGAUAUUGGAGAUGAAGUGAGAGGCCAGAAUAGAAUGCUGAAAGGAAUGCACGGGGACUUCGACAAGACCGAAGGUCUUCUGUCUGGCACGAUGCGUCGAGUGAAGGAGAUGGGCCGAUGGAGUCAUCAGAGCUGGAUGUGUUACAUGAUACUCUUUGUAGUCGCCAUCUUCUUUGUAACAUACUAUCUCAUACGAUAAUAGAAAGGACGUGCAUUUUAUUGUAUGUAAUGAGCUCCGGUGAGAGCAACGAGAGUGACUAUUAGCGUCAAGAGACAUUGUGUGCAAUGUUUUGUGAUCAAUUGGUUGAUUGGCUGUUGCAUUGAUUGAUGAUCAGCAUUUGUAUUUGUUAAUUGUGUUAUAUUGAGAGAAAAUACAGUGUGAGUGUGAUGUC